AUGCCAGCUUCGACGUUCGAAACAAUACCAGCAGAGACGGGCGAGUCUUCGACGUCCGCGGCCAAAAAGCUGCUUAAUGCAAGCACCAAUGGCAACGGCAACGGCAGUGGCGCUUCCAACUACGAGUUGCCGUGGGUAGAGAAAUACAGGCCCGUCUUCCUCGACGAUGUGGUUGGCAACACGGAAACCAUCGAGCGCCUCAAGAUCAUCGCCAAGGACGGCAACAUGCCCCACGUCAUCAUCUCCGGCAUGCCCGGCAUCGGAAAGACGACGAGCGUGCUGUGCCUGGCGAGGCAAUUGCUAGGCGACUCCUACAAGGAGGCAGUGCUGGAGCUGAACGCCUCCGACGAGCGUGGCAUCGACGUCGUACGAAACAGGAUCAAGGGCUUUGCCCAGAAGAAGGUUACACUGCCCGCCGGCAGACACAAGAUCGUCAUCCUCGACGAGGCCGACAGCAUGACCAGUGGCGCACAGCAGGCUCUGAGGAGGACCAUGGAGAUCUAUUCCAACACCACACGCUUCGCCUUCGCCUGCAACCAGAGCAACAAGGUCAUCGAGCCCCUGCAGUCCAGGUGCGCCAUACUACGCUACGCCCGCCUGACCGAUGCCCAGGUCGUCAAGCGUCUACUCCAGAUCAUCGAGGCCGAGAAGGUGCAGUACAGCGACGAUGGCCUCGCAGCAUUGGUCUUCAGCGCCGAGGGAGACAUGCGACAGGCCAUCAACAACCUGCAAUCCACACAUGCCGGUUUCGGCUUCGUCAGCGGGGACAACGUCUUCAGGGUCGUCGACUCACCGCACCCUAUCAAGGUGCAGGCCAUGCUGAAAGCAUGCUACGACGGCAACAUCGACAGCGCCAUGGACAGUCUCCGUGAGCUGUGGGAUCUCGGCUACAGCUGCCACGAUAUCAUCAGUACCAUGUUCAAGGUCACCAAGACCAUCCCAACUCUGAGCGAGCACAGCAAGCUCGAGUUCAUCAAGGAGAUCGGCUUCACGCACAUGAAGAUUCUGGAGGGAGUGCAGACGCUGCUGCAGCUCAGCGGCUGUGUCGCGCGUCUGUGCAAGAUCAACAUGGACCCGAAACGGUUCGAGGCGAAAAUCAAGUGA